UGGAGAGAAGCCAGCUGUGACGAGCGCUGCCGUGAGAAUGUGUGCGUGAGAAUGUGUUCAUGCAGGGGGGUGGACGGGCGACUGCCGUUUUAGGUGCAAAUGUAAACCCUUCGUCUGGUGAAUAAUGAAUGCAUCGCCAAGUGUCCGGUGACUUGCCGGGUGGUCAGCGGCGGUGGCUUUUGGCGGAGAAGCGCGCACGGCCUCAAAGUGGCAGAAAAUUGUGACGGGAUCGAGGGUGAAUGGGCACGCGUGAUGCGUUGGCGUUUUAAUUUUUCAACAAAAAGCUUCGGAUGCGACACAAACUAACAAGAAACCCAGGGCGGCGCGCGACAUUUCUCGCGAAUGUCGCGCGGAUGUGAAUUUGGCAAGAAACGGUGACGGGUUUUCUUUUAUUUUCUUCCUUUUGUGGCCGUUCUUUGGCGAUUGACGUGACCCCAUCGAAGCACAUUGUUGGGCGGUGUUGCGUUGUGAGAGGCGGGGCGCUGCUCACGACGGAGAUGUCUCUACCCAAACUUAAAUACCAGGCCCCCUGGGAGGUCCUGCUGCAGUCGUGGGACCAAAGUGCACAGAGAUCAACUCGGUCGCUGUCUCCCCGGAAUGAGCUGGGAGUGAGACCGGACGCUUCCAGAGCCGGCGCCGCACGCGAAGAGACGAUGGAGGGAAGCCCCACGCACCCGGACGCCGCAUCCUCCUCCUCCAAGCCUCGACCCCAACUCCCCGCCACCGUCGCCGCCGCGCCGUCCGUGGACUCAGCUCGGCCAAACGGAGGCGCGGCCACCACCUCGCCCUCUCCCAGACUCCUCAACGGGCUCGACUUUGCCGAGGACACGGUGCUGGUGGCGAAACAAAUAAUGGUCACCGACGACGACGACGAAUGCGACCGGGAAGACGGUGGCGCUCUCACUGCGGACGUCGCGGCGGCAGGGGGCGACGCACAGACGACGCACGCUCGCGGUACGCCACCCACGCCGGCCGCUCGAGUCGGGGACGAGACGCGGCUCCCUGGCCCCGGGCCUCUCGCCAGGGCGGCCGGUGCGGGGGGCCGGUCCUCGGAGGCCCGCUUCGAGAUCAAAGCCUGCAAGGAGGAGCGGAAGCCCUCGAAACUGUUUUCCGACGACGACGACGGCGGCGGUCACUCCGAGGGCGGCUACCGUCUCUGCCGCGAGGACCGGCGCGACGAGGAGAAGCAGGGGCUGGAGAUGGAACGGCAGGCGUUGAUUCGGAGCCAGGCCAAGCGCAGCGUGGCGGGCUCGCUGUCGGGCGGCGUCGCGUCGGUGGCUCGCGCGUGGAACCCCCCGCAGGAUGCCACGCUGGAAGACACGCUGCACGAGUCGCAGCUCGAGUCGCUGCGACGCUACCAGGAGCGGAAACAAAAGCAGCAGCGGCGUUGGGGCGGCCACGUCGCGAGCGCCGAGCAGCGGCCAAAGACGGCGGAAGGGACGGAGUCGGAUGCGGCGUCGCCGCCGUACAGGAAGCAGGUCACCAAGAGCGUGUCUCAGCCCGCCAUCUCGGCGGCUGUGGCGCCGCAGCCGCAGCCGCGGGUGAAGAACGAGAACGUGGAAGUGGCCCCGGUGGACUUUGCCAUGGCGCGUCGGCAGUUCCUGAUGAUGGAGAGGGCCAGCCACCUGCAGUCGUCGCUGCCGUACCCGAUCCGGCGCAGGGCCAGCGUGGACCAGUCGCUCACGCCGCAGUCGCUGGGCUCCAUCCCGCCGUCGCCCCGCACCGCGUCCCCGCAGUCGCCGCGCUCCACCUCGCAGUCGCCCAUCUUCCCCACGCACGCCGUGCAGCGCCCGCAGGUGUCUCCCAGCUUCAUCUUCUCGCACGCCAGCUUGCCGCCGAGCCACGCGCCGGGCUUUCUCCCCGCGCACUCCGCCAACACGGCGCAGCAGCAGCAGCUGCAGCAGUCGCCGGGCUCCACGCCCCCGCCGGGCUCCCCUCGGCCUCUGCCGUGCUCCGCUCGGCCCGCGACGCACGAGCCGCCCGCCGUCGUUGCCACCCACGCCACGCUGCCCUCGCCGCAGUCGCCCGGCUUCGUGUCGCUGGCCACCGGCUUGCUGCCGACGCAGUUUCCGGGCUUUGCGCUCGCACGGCCUGCCAAGUCGGUGGCCGAGGCCGCGGUGCAAACGGACACGGAGGAGCUGUCGGAGGAGCGGGGGCGUGGGGGGCGGCCUCCUGCGACGGAGUCGUCGAGGGCGGAGGCCGCGGGCGAUGAGUCCGAGGGGAGGGCACCGGAGCGAGACGUGGGAGUUGAAGCGGUGGUGGGGCAGGUGGCGAGCGCUGAAUGCGCGAGAAGCAAGUCGGGUGAGCGAGAAGCACCGGGGAAAGAAGAGCCGGAAGGGGGGGAGCGUGUGGAACCCGUGAUGAUGGCUUCUGUGGACGUAAUUAAGGAAUUGGACGUGGAGAAUCGGGAUGUUGCGGACAAUUCUUCGCAGCAGAGUGUGCAAGAAUCUCAGGCCGGGAUUGAUGCAGAGAGCAGGCCCACGGCUUCAACCUGCGGUGAUAUUGAAAUGGAUAACGCUGACCAGACUAAAGAACCAACCGUGAGCACUGAACCGUCGCUCAAAGCAUUGUAUGACUCGGUAGAUAAUGAAAAGAAAAUAAUAUCGCCGCAGGGUGCAGCCGCGGGCGACGAGCAAUGUGAAUCGACUUUGGGGCCCGCGGUGUUGAAUCGCGAGGUCGGCGCUCUGCACGUGACGAACGGCGUGUGUGACGGCGAGGGAAAGAAGACGACGGGCCUCGAGGCGCCUCUGCCGGCGACGGCCACUAGCGCGCCAGAGGCUGGGCAACUUCCGAGCGAGGGGGAUUGCGCUGAGCUGCCCUCGAAGCGUAGCAAGCCGCGCGAAGAAGCCGUGGUCUUGAGUGACGAGCAGGAAAGGGCAGAUAACGCAGCUCCAAAAAGCAGUGGAGUUAAUGUUGCGGAUAAGCCCACUGAGCCGCCCGGAUCUAGUACAGAACUGUCAGAUGGGCAGGAAAAUAAGGAGCAGUUGUUGGAUGCAAUAAGGCAGGAAGACAAUACCACCGGCAUCACCUGUGUGGAGGAAUGCACGGCAGAAGCGGCAGAAGGUGGAAACAAAACCGAUGUAGGCGAGAUGCCGGAAGGUACCAUGUGUCUCCCAGACGGCCUUGCGAACGUUGAGCCGUCGUUGGAGAAGGAUUCGGGAUCUCUCGCUUUUCCGCAGACGCGAGAUGGUCUGGACGAUUCCUUCGCUGAAGUGAGCGGCGAGGCUGGCAGAGAAGACUGCGUCGUGGGGCAGGAGGCCGUGGAGAUUGAGAUCGUCGAUGGGGAGGCAGGAGACGAUGCCGCAACGGGCAAUGCUGACAGUGAAUCGGAUCGCCUGUCGGAAAGCCGUGGAGGCUCUGCUCUGAAGUUUUCUGAUCUGGAGGAGGAUGGCGGCGGUAGCGGCGGCGGCAGCGAGAGAUUCGCGGACGUCGACGACGGACGGGAGAGCGUGGAAGCCGUUGCCGCGGAGAUGGUUCGGGCCAUGGUGGCCAAGGCGGUGGAGAUGAUGAACGCCACCGCGAAUUCGGAAGAUAACCGCGACGGCAAAACGUUCGAGGUCGCUGCGGCGGAGGCAGAGUGGGAACCCACGACGGAGGACUACACGCUCGCGUCCGAAUCAUCCGAGAGUUUGCUCGCGGGCCAAGCCUCCCUCGACGCGUCCGAGUCCGCCGAUUGCUUCAGUGGCGUCGCGGACAGGGAGUCCGUGGGGGUUAUCGUGAUCGGUUCGGUGAACGCCGUCGGGCCAAAGGGGGAGGUGAGGGUGUUGGACGAGGCCCUGGUUUUCGCCACGGGCGAGUUCGACUCCGGGGUGGAGAGCGUUGCCACCAAGACUCCCGAUGGCGACAACAACACCCUGGGCUUGACCUCGACGGAGCUCAGCUUGGUGAGCGACUUCUGCGACACGGCGAACGAAACGCCGAGCAUCUCGGCGGACGUCACUCCGGACGCAGAGAAGAUGCCGAUGCUGUUCAUUUCCGUCAGCGACGAGAACAACCAGAUCAUUGAGCAGGAGAUGAUCGUGUCGUCGCUGCUCGACGAGCAGCGUAAGCACGCAACGGGCCGGAAGGCUCCGGCGGACGAAACGGCGGAUCCCGUGACGAGGACGGGAUCUGUCGAAGUGAAGGCAUCGUCCCCCAGCUUUCAAAACGUCAACGGCAGCGACGAGAGCCUGAACGAGGAUAUUGGAGCGGAUGAACUUCAGAUUGAGGAUGUAGUGAAAGAUUUGCAGGACACGGUCGCAUUCGAAGAAGGUAGGCAGGCAGAUGUUGAAAGAAGUUUGGCUCAGGGUGACAAGCGCGUGGACGUAGCGGCGGCUUCGGUUGAAGAACACACGCAAGUUGACCCUGGGAUGCCAUCAGUUGAAGAAGUCGAGCAGGUGAAUGUUGUGAUGCCUUUGGUUGUAGCACACACGCAAGUUGACCCUGAGACAACUUCAUUUGAAGAAGGCAAGCAGGGGAAUGUUGAGACACCUUCAGUUGAAGAAGUCGAGCAGGUGAAUGUUGAGAUGCCUUUGGUUGAAGAAGGCAAGCAGGUGAGUGAGGCACCUUCAGUUGAAGAAGGCAAGCAGGUGAAUGUUGAGGCACCUUCAGUUGAAGAAGACAAGCAGGUGAAUGUUGAGGCACCUUCAGUUGAAGAACACAUGCAAGUUGACCCUGAGACACCUUCAGUUGCAGAAGACGAGCAAGUGAAUGUUGAGACACCGUCAGUUGAAGAAGACAAGCAGGUGAAUGUUGAGACACGGUCAGUUGAAGAACACACGCAAGUUGACCCUGAGACAUCUUCAAUUGCAGAAGGCGAGCAAGUGAAUGUUGAGACGCCUUCGGUUGAAGAUAGCAAGCAGGUGGGCCAUGAGACACUUUCUGCUGAAGAAGACAAGCGAGUGAACAUCGAGACAUCUUUGGUUGAAGACAGCAGGCAGAACGACAUUGAGAAACCUUCAGUUGCAUCAAGCAUCGAAGCAGAGCAAUCCACCAAUAUUGACGUGUCCGUGCAGGAAAGAGACCCUGUCGCAUCGUCCGCAGAGCAACAAACACCGAAGCCUUGCACCGACGAGAAAGACCAAGACGGCGAAGAGAAGUCGACGGACCGAGACAACGAAAUAAACCUCCGGAAGGAGCGAGUGGAGAUGUGCAAAGGAAACGCAUCGAUGCCGGACGAGUGGCGGAAGAACGCUGCCUCGCCCACCGAACCGGGCGGAGCGAGGCGGGGCGUCGCGAUCGUCGUCAUCGUCGAGAAUUCCACCGACCGAGACGACGAAACAAACCGAGAGGGUGAGAGGGCCGAGCUCUUGGCCGACGUGGCGCAGCCGGACGACGAGGAUGGGGCUGCGGUCGGUUCGGAGGCGGCGUGGCCGCGGGACCGGGACGCGGCGGCGUCGACGCGCGAGCUGGUCACGCCGCCGACCCCGCCUCCCUCGGAGGCGUCCGUCACCGAAACCGCGGUGCAGACGGACGCGGAGGACUUCCCCGAGGAGCUCGAGGGGUUCGAGUCGUCGCUGGGCCUGGCGUACGCCUACGCGGCCAUGAACGACUUCGACGUCGGCGCCUGGCGCGCCGCCAACGAGGCGGCGGACCGUGCACCGGAAGCGGAAAGCCAACCGGCGGACUCGCGUUCCGCGGGGGGCCCGGGAGAAUUCCACGAAGCGACGGCGGAGGUUGUGACUUCGGCGACGUUGGAAGAGAGGCAGGAGGAGGAGGUGGUGGGAGAGGAAGUUCUUCGAGAAAGAGCUUUGCGGCAGUCCGCGCCCGAAGACGUCGUCUCCGUGGAGGGCAGGCCCGCAGACGCGUCCGCCGGGCCCUCGGAGAACGGUCACGCGGCAGAGGACGACGAGGUGGCGGCGGCGGCCGAGAGGGGCGGCGAGGAGCACGGGGCGGGCGAACGUCACGAGGACAAGGCGGGGGGCGACGAGGUGGACUCGGCUCGGCCGGCGCAGCAUCCCCAGGGGCCCUGCUUCCGCCUCCGCCCGCGCAAGCAGAACACGCUGUCGAUGAUCGAGCAGGAGAUCCGCGAGUCGCAGGAGCGCGAGGAGGAGCUCCGGGCCCAGAGGCGCAGCCUCUACAGCUCCGACGACGGCUCCUGCCCCUCGCCGUCACCGCCGCCGGCGGCGUCGCCGGCGCCGGACGAGGCCACGAAGGGCCCGGCCACCGAGGCCGCUCCCAAACCCACGGCCGAGGCGUCCCAGCAGCACAAGACCGGGCCAGGGAGGAUCGAGCGAGUGAAGCCCGCCACCGCACGCACCCUGGAAGAGGCAGAAGAGCAGGUCCCCGCUGAGUCGGACAAACGUGGCAAGGGUCUCAUGCAGUCCCUGGUCAAAGACUACGACAAGGUGAAGCUUCGCGACAAGAAGGAAGACCCCUUGUACGCUGGAAUCCUUGCUGCAGAUGAAGUUGCAUCAGAGGUGGUGGAGGUGACGCGGGUUACUCGGAGGAAAAGCGCCAAGGCCAUGCGAUGGGAGGCCGGGAUCUACACAAACCACGCCGAGGAUGAAGAUUGAUGGCGCAGCCUUAAGCGCGAUGGGGUCUUUGCAUUGGACCCAAACUGGAUGGCUGUGCGUGUGUGUGUGCGUGUGUGUGCGUCGUUUUUUGUCAGUUUGGGCCUCACAUUAAGGCUGCUGCUGAAUAUUUUCCCCCUAAAUGUUUCAUGACCAAGUACAAGCAAGCCGGAGCCAUUCGACAUCCAAACGGGGCCCUAACUGAGCCGCAGUGAGCUUAGAGGCCUCGCCUCCCUCCCAAUAUCUCCUACCGCACUCCACCACCGUAUCUCCAACCGCAUUUUUUGUGCAUCGGAGGAGUUGAGCUGCAAAUGACUCCAAUCUUCUUCUUCUUUCGUGCAGCCGAUGUAGAUGCUGAGCGGCAACUACAAUUUCAAAUUCAGGUUGUCAGGAGCAGCGGGAGUGGUGUAUCGUGAUGAUGUCUCCUUCCAAUUAUCUGCGAUUGUCUGUGAAUUUUUCGCUGUAGGCAAGCGGAGUCAGAUAGCAAAUAAUCCCGCAUAUAAUAAGGAUCCGUUACAUUGGUCUCUCCACAUUGGCACGGAUAAAAGAGUUCUCCUGCACAAUCCUUCAUACUCCCUCUUGUCUUCUAGGAUCCAAUUAGCAACCAACGUGGGCUGCGCUGGGCAGAUCUGUCAGGUGACGUUUUGGCCGAUGGCGUGGGUCAGGAAGUGGGCCAAAUAUGACGUUGUUGUCUUCAGCGCAUUUCAUGCGAGCGAAAGUUAUGCUGUUCCACGUUCACUGAAAACUUUUUUUUUAAUUCAUUAUAAUUUAUAUAACCGGUUGGAUGGCGCGAUUACAGAGUGCUCGGCUCACAGUCGGGAGGUAUUAGGUUCAAAUUUUAGAGUAGAUAAAAUGAGUACCACAUUACAAUAAGUCAGGAGUGGUCGCCCUUUGAAAAUAGUUUUCCUCACCACGGGAAAUGUGGAAUUUCCACUUCUGCCUUUGGGCUGUCAACAGAUUACGAGCACUGCACCGCACGGAUUACGUUUUUUUUUUACAUUGUUGAUAGUUUUCAUUGUAUUUGAGUGGCACCUGCGACUGGCACCGUCACGCACUCCUCAUCUGGUGACCGUAACACGAUGGCUGGUGCCAGGUCGGCCCCACGAAAGGGAUUGGCAGCACCAUUUUUUUUAAAGUGUGGCAAUGGCGCACGUGUGUAGCACGCUUAGCGAUGACUCUGGUCCACUGUUUGGAAGUCUUGGAAAUAUGGGAAUGUGUAAGGACCGAGAACAGGUGAGGCGUAGGCGGCUCCGAACUGGCCAGCAAAAACAAAUACUUUCAAUGACCUGUGUGCCGUGAGUGCACUCGGCAAGCGAGCAAGUACGUUUAGAACGCUCUGCGAGGUUGCGCGAGGCUUGACGACCACUGAGGUUUCGCAUCGACAUCUCGCGUUAGACAUUUUCAGAGUUGCAAACGAUGCAUAUUCAUAGUAACGAUGGAUGAAUAUCGCUUCGGUUGCAUUUUGUUGUUGUCAGAAACUAAAGGAGCCGCGUCAGAUCGAUCGCUGCUGUGGAGACUCGGGGAUAGGAAUGGGGCCUUUGCUAGGAGGGGACUCCCCGAGGAAGGGGACUCGCUUUGGGGGAGGGGUUUGCCGCGCUAUACUUUGUUUUUUAUUUUAUCCGGGUGAUGGCUCUUCUUUAGACUCAUGAACAAAACCUUAGAAACCAAAAAAACUCCUGGAGAGACCAGACUCGAUGACCACUGAGCACAUUGCAGCGAGCGACACCUGCAGAAAAUGGCAGCGUUCAUGUUUAUUGCAGGGCGCGCCGUUCUGCGUGGAGCGUGCCACUCGUGUGAAGGUGGAGAUAUUUCGGUAGUCUUAGGUCUUUUCGGUAAAGUCACGUAGGGAAAAAUAAAUAAU